CAGAAGUCAUUGCGGGCUUUCAUAAUCACGUGAUAUUGUAUAAAAGCCGAACAUGUGAGCCUCAUAGUUGCGUGUUGGUUUCAUUUUGAAGGUGAAGCAUCAGCUAGCUCGAGCCACCGACCUCCAUACAAUUCAGCCAGAAGAUGUCGACCCUGUCUGCAGCCAGCGUGGAGUCCUCCGCCGAGAUCGUUGAGAAGAAGCCACUGAAGCCAUGCUGCGCUUGUCCAGAGACGAAGAAAGUCAGGGAUGCCUGCAUCAUUGAGAAGGGAGAGGAGAACUGCUCCAUCCUGAUUGAGCAGCAUAAAGACUGCAUGAGGGCGCUUGGCUUCAAGAUCUAAACACUCCCUUUUUUCGGUUGCGUGUGUGUGUUGCUGUGCAAGUUGAAGACAACCUUGGAUCUCCUCUUCUCCUUUCUCCUCUUAUUUAUACCUACGCUGUGAGGGAAUCGUAGUGGUGAUGCACUUAGUCUCUGCUGGGUCGACUGUCUUUCUGUGAUUGUUUUUUAAGUCUGCAGAAAAUGAGAAAUGUGUGAAUAUCUAAAAUGAUGUGUGAAAUUGAAUAAAAGUCCUAUGCAAUAAGA